AUGACUUCACAAGAGAAUCACGUGUUCCAUCAGCAAAACAAGGAAAGUCAACACCCCAUUCAGUGUCCAAAAUGCAGUCAUUGCCACAAAAUAAAAAUACAAAAACUUCUCAAAGGGAAGAGCACUACUUUGCAACCAAGAAUCAUCAGACAUGUCAGUCGGCAGAGAGUGACAGACAACUUUCCUGCAAAGCAUAAAGGGAUUCCGAAGGUGAGGCCAUCCUCCUACAGACAGCAACAACCUCUGGCCAGUACACCAGAGAAAAAGCGACCAGGGGAAGCUAACAACUCUGUCAAGGUUUUGCAUUCAUCAAGAGAUGAUCUUUUUAAAGUCAAGAACAACAAGAGUGAUAAUGCACACAACUUACUUAUUGAUAAGGUUGUUAAUGCAGUCAUGCAAGAAGAUAAAGGACAUAAAAAUCAUCUGCAGGAUCCUGUAAUGCUUUCCACUUUUUCGCCAUCUCUUGUUAAAGACCAGAGUGCAGAGCAGAAUGCCUUCCUCAAACAUGACUUGAUUCACCGCAGCCCUCUGGAGCAGGAUAUACGGCUUGUUUCCAGCAGCUACAGCCAGAGCAAAACAUUUGAAAUUGGUGUAGCAGAGAGAGCUGGGUCUGACGUCAGUUCAGAGAAGCUGAUGGAAGACAAUCUGCCUCCUGAUGUGACUCACCCCACUGCAAAGGAGUGCUCUUUUUCCACUUCAUUUGAUGAAGAUUCCUUUGGAGAAGAAAUCUCUAAUGCUACAGUAGCUGAAUCAGGUUUGUUGGCAGACAGUAAAAAAUUGAAAAAUGAAAUGGUAACAGCUGGUAAACAGCUUCUUGUGCAAACUGAUCCCUUGGACCAGUAUGCAGAUGUUGGAACAGAAACUGGUAUUAGAGACGAAUGCUACACCGAAAGCUGGCACUACAAAACUGCCACGGACAUCAAUGAAGUUAGCAAGGAGGAGGAGGAAGAGGGUGUCAGCCUGAUGGACAACAACUCUCCAGACCUCACAGCAUCAAACCCCAAGCCAAAAUUUCAACCAUCUACUGGUUCAGACAUAGAUGUGAAUGCAUAUGCUGCAGAGUGUGCUCAACGAGUUCAACGGGUACGAAAAAUGUGGAAGAGUAUUGAACAUUUCAUUGAGAGUACGGCUGAACAGCGAGAGAUAGUCUCCUCUGUCAUAAACAGGACACAACAGCGUUGUGUCAUUGAUGCAGCAGAUAUAAAAGUCAGUGUUCCACAUUUCCUGCUCAAAGAAUGUGAGCUGGAAAUAAGAAGGCGACAAGUAGACAACAUAUAUGAGGGUGGGCAGCUCAAUCUUCUGAGCCUUUUGCACCUUUGGAACCAGGCCCUGAUUAUGUACAUAAAUUACCUACAAUCAGUGGGGCUGAGAGAUCUGAGCAAUGAAGCUGCUCACCUGAAAACACAGAAAGCUGCAUUACAAGCUUACAUUUCCAAUGCUGCUUCAUUAAGCAACCAGAGUGCACUCAGGGAGUCGGUGAAGAGCAUGGUGUUGGUUGUUGCAGCUGGCUUUGUGCUAGAGGUUCUCCUACAGUUUCACAGUGGAACAAUACUGUCCCAGGGCCUUGGUCUCCAAGCACCAUCUCCUCCUGUGACUUUUGACCCACCAGAAGGCCACAGUGGAACAACCCCAACAGGACAAUUAUUAAGACUGACUCCAGAAUACGAGAACACCCCUGAGGCUGCCAUGAGCAUUGCUAAGGCAAUCUCAACAUCAUCCCGCAGGAACAUAGCGAAAGAGUUUCAUCCAACAGCUUUUGGCCUUGAAACACAGAACACUAGUAGCAACAAUUCCAACAGGUUUCCCCAGGAAGAGAUGACUUCACAAAGAGAAUCACGUGUUCCAUCAGCAAAACAAGGAAGUCAACACCCCCAUUCAGUGUCCAAAAUGCAGUCAUUACCACAAAAUAAAAAUACAAAACUUCUCAAAGGGAAGAGCACUACUUUGCAACCAAGAAUCAUCAGACAUGUCAGUCGGCAGAGAGUGACAGACAACUUUCCUGCAAAGCAUAAAGGGACUCCGAAGGUGAGGCCAUCCUCCUACAGACAGCAACAACCUCUGGCCAGUACACCAGAGAAAAAGCGACCAGGGGAAGCUAGCAACUCUGUCAAGGUUUUGCAUUCAUCAAGAGAUGAUCUUUUUAAAGUCAAGAACAACAAGAGUGAUAAUGCACACAACUUACUUAUUGAUAAGGUUGUUAAUGCAGUCAUGCAAGAAGAUAAAGGACAUAAAAAUCAUCUGCAGGAUCCUGUAAUACUUUCCACUUUUUCGCCAUCUCUUGUUAAAGACCAGAGUGCAGCAGAAGAAGAUCAUUUCAAAGUUGGAGCAUCACCUUCACAGGACCCUUUUUCAACACCUAAAAAUACACCUAGAUUUUCAGGGUCUCGCACAAAACUCCAGCAGCAGGAAGCUACAUCCAACCACACAUCCUUCAGCCAUCAAACUGAUGCAGAAGACUGGAAUGUAGAGAAUCCUACUAUAGCAUUUGAGCAGAAUGCCUUUCUUAAACAUGACUUGAUUCACCGCAGCCCUCUGGAGCAGGAUAUACGGCGUAUGUGGCAGGAUAUGAUCACUGACACUGAGAGAGCUGGGUCUGACGUCAGUUCAGAGAAGCUGAUGGAAGACAAUCUGCCUCCUGAUGUGACUUCACCCACUGUGACAUCUUUAAAUAAAAGCUUUGUAAAGACUGGCAGUUCCAUAUCUUCAGGCACCAGCAGAUCAUGUCUGUGGUCUCCUGCUCAUUCUUCAUCCUCUGGAGAAGAUCACCCAAACUUCAUUAAAAUUAAUGAGAAAGAUGAUGUCACACCACAUUCUUCCUUCCUUGCUGUGGCAGUUAAAGAAAUGUCAACCAAAAAUGUAGUGGACUUGGACACAGAUGAUCCAGUUCUUGAUGACACUUUGAUAGGCAAAGGAGUGCUCUUUUCCACUUCAUUUGAUGAAGAUUCCUUGGAAGGAGUGAAUUAUGCUGAGCAGGUUAACACCUGGGAAGAACUUACAUCAGCUUUGUAUGAAGCAGCAGAGGACCUUGGAGCUGAAUCAGAGGGAAAAGAUGAAGACCUCAAGUCUUUUGAUGUGACGGAUCUGUUUCCAGAGAAAUCUUCUAAUGCCACAGUAACUGAAUCAGGUUUGUUGGCAGACAGUAAAAAAUUGAAAAAUGAAAUGGUAACAGCUGGUAAACAGCUUCUUGUGCAAACUGAUCCUACUUUGGACAAGUAUGCAGAUCUUGGAACAGAAACUGGUAUUAGAGAUGAAUGUACACCGAAGCCUGGUCAGACACUUCAACAGUCUGAUACCAGAUCAUAUUCAGCUAACACAGUUUCUCAAGAUGCAUCUAAAAAUUUUCCAAAAAAUUAUGUAAGCGAUGAAGGCGAAGAUGUUGAGCUGGCAAGAACCAGUUCUCUAGUCAUAAGCAGCUCCACAGCAAAAAGUGCCUCAGAACUUGACAAAUCAUCAGCUGGCCAAGUACACAACUCACUAACCAAAGACUCGGCCAUAAAGAAAGUUGAGUUUACUUCCCAUGCAUCCAGUUUGCCUACUGCCCCAGCAGUCUCUUGUCUUGAUGACUUACCUGAUGACAGUUCUCAUCAAGUUUCAAGUUUGUGGGCAUUGGAUGAUUCUUUCACACCUUUACAGUCUGGUUUGCUUUUGGAAGGAAAAUCUCCAAUGAGAUGCCAGGCACAACAAAUAAAUGUGUGCCUGCCAGCGAGUAGUGGGGAAAGUACUAAGACUGCACCCGAGUUUGAGCUCUCUAGUGAUGGAGAUGACAAAGACAUAAUGGCCCGUGUGAGCAAACUCCGACUGAUGGCUGCCCAGGCACUACAAAACUGCCAGGACAUCAAUGAAGUUAGCAAGGAUGAGGAGGAAGAGGGUGUCAGCCUGAAUGGAGCAACAACUCUCCAGACCUCACAGCAUCAAAGUGAAUUUGUGGGGAAAGAUAAUAGCCACUACAGUGCUUCAGAUCAUCUGGAUAUAUUUGACCAAGAUGACUCUGUUCUUCUACCCGCUUCACCAUCUUGAUAGCUAGCAGUCUGCUUUUUACCUGUAUAUAUUUCAAGUCAGCCAACAGCUGGAGAUGACAACUAUGUAAAGCCACAAAACCUUGACGAAUCUACAUUUUAACUGUUGGAACACCUUCCACAGGCAUUAUUUCUAGAAGCACCACUACCUGUUCAUUAUUCUUUUUUUGAUAUGAUUUACUGUCAUCAGACUCUCUUCGGGCUCUACAUUUAAAACAGAAUAUGUGUUUUAUGCAUGUUCUAACCAGUAAAAAUAAUCAGUGUUUACAAACAGUGAAAAAGUAAAGUAGUAAAGAUUGAUGCCAUAGAUCAUUUUAUUUUAUCCACACACCUGUAUUUGGCAACAGCAGUCUUAUAUCAACAUUUUGGCUUGUACACAAUUUUGUAUUAAAAAUAAUGUUAAAAGGUACACCAAAAGAGAUACAUGUACAAGGUGAGUGCUGAAAACUUUGGCAAGAAGAACAUCUUAAUGGUGGGAUUGCAAUUUUGUUACACCUUAAUGUAUAUUUUCAUACACAUGUAUGUGUUGUUUAUUCCUUGUUACUCCUCAAGGAGCAUAGGGUCGCAUAUACACAUUUAUAAACAUCUUAAUUUAUAAAAAGAAGAUAGCAUAGUGGUUAGAGCAAAUACAUCUGAAUCCCCAUGGUGCAUAUGUGCAGACAUACUUUCAAGUUCAAUACCUGUAAGGGGCAGCCUAGUUCUGAAGCUGCAGGCAUAAAGGGUUGGGGAAGGCAUGGCAGCCAGGGAGAGAUGGCCCUAAGAAAAGUGAGGGCUCUAACAACUGUCACUCUUUUAUAACCAUAUGGUUAUUGGGACUACCUUUACCCUUACCCCUUUUUUCUUUAUAUAAUUUUAUAUAAAAUGCUUCUUUAUCCUGGCAGCAGGCAGACUUUUCAACUUAAGAUGUUAACUUAUGAAUUAGUGUUGUAAAUUGUAUAAAAUUUGUGUGAGAAAGUGUGGGUGUGUGAUUGACACUAUUGUAAUGACAAAUUCUGAUGUUCUUAAUUUUCUGCAAGGAUGAAUAAAAUAUUGUUACUGUCAAAA